GUGUGGUGUCUGGCCCUGGGGAAGUUCAGGGGGCAGAUCCCAAGAAGAGGAAGUGGGACAGGAUGUGAAACUUGGCAGCACCCUGAUGACACCCCUUUGCUGGUGGGUGUCCCACCAUCAGCAAAGGGCCAGAGCAUCCAGUUUGAGCUGACCACGGAGGCAGGGACAUCAUGGAAGCCUCUCGGGGAUGGCUGGUGGCCUGUGCACUGGCCGUGAGCCUGGUAUCGAUGACGGUGGCUGAGGAUGUGUGCCAAGCACCCAACGGGAAGGAUGGGGUUGCAGGAAAUCCAGGCCGCCCAGGGAGGCCGGGUCUCAAAGGAGAGAGAGGGGAACCAGGAGCUGCCGGCAUCCGGACAGGUAUCCGAGGCCCUAAAGGAGACCAGGGAGAGUCUGGGUCCCCUGGCAAACCCGGGAAUGUGGGGUUCCCAGGACCCAGUGGGCCCCUGGGGAACAGUGGCCCCCAAGGACUGAAGGGUGCUAAAGGCAAUCCAGGCAACAUCAGGGACCAGCCCCGGCCGGCUUUCUCGGCUAUUCGAAGGAACCCACCCCCAGGGGGCAACGUGGUGGUCUUCGACAAGGUCAUCACCAACCAGGAGGGUCCCUACCAGAACAAGACGGGCCGCUUCAUCUGUGCAGUGCCUGGCUUCUAUUACUUCACCUUCCAAGUGAUCUCCAAAUGGGACAUUUGUCUGUCUAUCGUGUCCUCCUCCAGGGGCCAGCCCAGGAGUUCCCUGGGUUUCUGUGACGCCAACAGCAAGGGCCUCUUCCAGGUGUUAUCUGGGGGUACAGUGCUCCAGCUGCAGCGGGGGGACGAGGUGUGGAUUGAGAAGGACCCCACAAAGGGUCGCAUUUACCAAGGUACUGAAGUCGACAGCAUCUUCAGUGGAUUUCUCAUUUUCCCCUCGGCCUGAGCUGCGGAGCCACCCUACAUUCUGCCAUCUCCUCCACUCCCUGUGUGGGCUCCCCCUUCC